GUAAGAUAAGAUGCAUUUCCACCUGUUAUCUGUACCCUUUAUCAGAACAUUGAUUCAUAACGAAUUCACCUUUAUUCCGUUUAGCUGUUCUAACGAGAUUUCAAACGUUUAUUAUUUAAUGUUAUUUUAAGUAAAAGUUUUUAUUAAAAACAUGUGUUCUAAAAAAUUAUUGUGCUACAUUACCAUUGGUUUGCUAAUCAUGGGAAUGUUUAUGGAUCAAGUUGAAGCCAGGCGUAAGAUUCUAAAAGGACGAAAGACAAUUACAAGACAUUAUUACUGGGGAACCGCAAUACCAGCAUGGUCUAUAGUACUUCUAAUAGGAAUCAGUUUGCUGCUCGCUGGUGGUGGACUUUACGCCAUAUUACAAAAAUUCGUAGUUGACAAUGCCGAUGUUGGAGAAAGUCAUUCGUAUCAACCUGCAUUGCAACACGAAGCAUGAACUUAAACAUUCAAACACAUCAAAUGGCAUUUGUCAUCUCAUUUUUUAUCCUUUAACAUAAAUAUAAUGAGAGCAUUAAAACAUUUUCACAAAAAACAUUUCUUAUGAACACAGUGACAAUGUAUUAUUUAUUUUUAUGACUUCUAUUUUGACAAUAGUCUAAUAUGUAUUUCAGUCUCACUAAUAAAUUAGUGAAUGACGUCAUCGUAUAAUUGUAUCUCUCACAGAAUUUUUGUUUUUCUUAUUACCUAUAAACCAGGAAAUAAUUAAUUUUGUAAAUUACGUUUUUACUCGUACAUGGUUACAUCAUCGAAAGAUACAUAAAUUACAACAACUACUUUUUAAUGCACAGUACGAUUGCAAAUCAAUUACAUUACUUAUUGUACAUUCUGAUGAGAAAAAAUGAUUAAUUUUAGAGAUUGUUAGAUUAUUCGUUCAAUAUAUAUAUUAUACACUGGAGUCAGUUAAUUAAUGUAUGAAAAAAUCUACAUCUUAGAAUUCUCGGCGAUGAUACUUGUCAGGAUCAAAGUAUGAUGUCACAACAACACGGUUAUUAAACUUUCGUCCUGUAAGUGUCUGCUGUGCUUUUUGGCAGUCAAUUACGCUAUUAAACUCGACGAAUACCUACAAUAUACAAAAAACAAAAUUAAUAAAAUAUAUCCUUUUUGAAACGAGACAAA